AUAGCAUGCCAGCGAGUGUGAAUAUGUCAUUCAAUCACCAUCAGUUGAUAAAGCACAGCAUAGCUAUACAAAAUAAAUCAAAAUGAAAUUCGUCAUUGUGUUCGUUGCCCUCUUCGCCGUGGCAUUGGCUGCUCCUCCAGCACAGCAAGUUGAAAUAGUACGUCAGGACUCCGAUGUCCAACCCGACGGUUACCGCUUCGGUUAUGAGACCAGCGAUGGCUCCAAGCACGAAGAACAGGGUCAGCUGAACAAUAUCGGCACAGAUGAGGAAUCCAUUUCCGUCAGAGGUUCAUACAGUUUUGUUGCCGACGAUGGCCAAGUCUACACUGUCAACUACAUUGCCGAUGAAAAUGGUUUCCAACCACAAGGUGCUCAUUUGCCUGUUGCUUAAAUAGACAACUAGAAGUCAACGCGUCGAAGGAUUUUUUGUUUGUACAUUAUUUGUGAGAGUAUUAUUGAGAGAUAAAAUUCAAUAAAAUACGCUUUAUUAUAUUUUUUAUACAAAAAAAGUGGAUUUUAAAUAUUCUGGAGAUCAUUUUCCCCGAACUAUGUAAAUACUAUAUUAUUAUAUGGCCUAGAGUUUAGACUCUAAACAACUCUAUACUAACGCGCUUUCUGAAUUGGAUUAAGAAAACUAUAGUCCUACAACGAAUCGGUAUAUCGGUCAAAUACUCUUCUGUAAUACAAUUCAUUCUUGACGACGAAAAAUAGCACUUUAUAAAUUAUUCAUCAUAUCUAUUCUUCUAACAUGAAG